UCUCUUUCUAGUCCCUGUCAGGACUCUUGCUGCAGCAUUUUGGAUCAGCUGAAGGCUUUUCAGGGAGUUUUUAGGACUUCCUGAUAAUAAUGACAAACUAAUGGAACUUCGUACGCUCAUUCAGCAGCAGGUAAAAACUUUCAAGGUCAAAACACAAGAAAAAAAAAUCCUCCCAAAAUUUAGCGACAUCAUGAAAUCACAUCAGGUACGAUGAGAUGAUGAACAUGGCGUCCUGACCAACCUCAGUAAGACUCGGGCCAGAUUUAAUCUUCACAUCUGAGCCUUCAGUGAUGUGAAACAGUGUGACAACGUGAAGCAGGCCAAAGAUCUCAGACACUUCCUGCUGUGAUGUAAAGAAGCACCAGAGUCAGUGACAUCAUCAGUCUGAUCCACAGUGGGAGAAAACCCACAGUGGGUGAACCUUCCCAGGAGUGACCGGUCGACCAAAAUUACUCGUCAGAGAAGAACCCAGAAGAAGACCUGCAGGCUUCACAUGUCUGAGCUAAGGUCAGAGGUCACGAUUCAACAAUAAUAAAGAGACUAAACAAAAAUGACAUCCAUGAGUUUAAGGAGAAACUCACUGAUCAGGUCAAAGUGACCAGAAACUACAUUUUGUGUUUAUUUUUCUUGUUUGAUGAAAGUGUGACCCACAGGACGUCUCAGCUCUGAUUUAACCUGCCGGCAGGUCCAGCCGCUGCCUGGAUGAUCUGAUUAGAGCGCCGUGCGUCUCUGCUUGAGGCCGCUGAUGCUCGGGCCGUGGUUUCAGGCGUUGGGUGGAAUAAUUAAGGAAACGGCCAUGGGUAACUUACUUAAAGCAAACUUUCCAGAACAGAAACUGACACGCAGCAGAGCUUUGAAAGAAACUAAACCAAAGUAACUGCUUUGAAGUCAUCAGUUCUCGUGCCUCCUUCACUGCCUGCUCGUGUGAAAGAAGGAGAAAAAUAGUCACAGACGUUUCUGGAUCCCUGCACCGUGGGAGCAGCUGGUCUUGGUCUUCAGUGGUCUGCUUGUUCUCUGGCGUGGGCGUCUUUCUCCUUGGUUCUCGUGUGUUUCUGAACUUUUCCCCUCAGCUGAGCAGCGAGGAACGUCCUGGGUGGGCGUCACGUUGGGAAACCGCUCUGUGUGAACGCAGCCUGCCAGGUGAGCCGGUUACAUAAUUCUGCUUCCAGGGCCAUCCCGCCCUCCUGUCCUGGAUCGGCCUCCGCAGCACAGCCCUGUGGUGAUCUCAUUAGGGAGUUAUUUUCAGUGCUUCUUUGGUUCUUCCUGCAGGACCUAAGAGGGUUACAGAGUCCUGAGGUUCGCUCGGUGCCUGCAGAGUCACGGCAGCCUGGAUGUGGGCCACCUCGAGCCUCCGCCUGCAGCCUGAUCGUCUUCUGUGGGGUUUCCUGUCCUGAGGAGGAUCGCAGGACUGCAGACCGCCUUUAACAAGCAGCGCACCGGGCCUCGGUCUCCUCCGCCAUGGGGAACCACGGCUCGACCCUGGACGACAUCCUGGCAGAGGACAUGCACCACUGGUACAACAAGUUCAUGAAGGAGUCUCCGUCAGGCCUCAUCACGCUGUUCGAGCUGAAGGCCAUACUCAACCUGAAGGGCAUGAACGAGGACGCCAACCGCUACGUGGAGCAGGUCUUCUUCACCUUCGACAUGGACGGGGAUGGCUACAUUAACUUUGUGGAGUACAUCGCAGCCAUCAGCCUGAUGCUGAAGGGAGAAAUCAACCAGAAACUGAAGUGGUACUUCAAACUGUUCGACCAGGACGGCAACGGAAAGAUCGACAAGGAAGAGCUGGAGACCAUCUUCACGGCCAUCCAAGACAUCACACGGAACAAAGACAUCGACCCCGAGGAAAUCGUCUCGCUCAUAUUUGAGAGGAUUGAUGUGAAAGGAGAAGGUGAGCUGACCCUGGAGGAGUUCAUCGAGGGAGCCAAAGACCACGAAGAUAUCACGGACAUGCUGAAGACCCUGAUGGACCUGACGCCGGUCUUACUGAUCAUUAUUGAGGGCCGGACGGGGAACAACCAGUGAGAGAAACGUGGAAGCAGUGAGCUGUGAUUGGCCGUUUGGACAGGUUUAAUAUUACAGAGAGGAAGCCUGGCUGAUUUUCAUGUGAAGAAGGUCACGAUGGACUCUGUGAGCUGCAUCUGCCAACCCCCUCCUGCUGUAGGUCCCCCUGGACCAGGAGUUUGUGGUGCCACCAAGUCUUUCUCUUGUAUGUGCUAUAUGUAUGGAACCAACACCACUGCAGUGGGAACAAGGUCUUCAUAUUCCUUUGCCAUAGAGAACCUCAUUUCAUCCAACAUUUUGCUAAUUUCUGCUUCAACUAUUUAGAAAAUGUGUCGCACUGACGCUGGACUGAGAAUCAGAAAGUUGAGAUACCUGAGGUUGAGUUUUAACAGCAGCAUUAAUAAAAACAACUACCAAUAAUAAUAAUGAUGAUAAUAACUAAUAGUAAUAAUUCUUCUAAUUACUACGAGCUUUCAGAAAAACUUUAAAUCUUUUCAACAUCUCAACAUCAAAGAUUUUCGCCCCAGAUUUAUUCAUCUGACUUUGAUCUAUAAGAAAAGCAUCAAGCUACACUUUCUGCAAACAAACAGUCCAUCAAUACUGAGACAGAAGCACAGUAAAAGGACCUGAACUGUGGCUAUGCAUCCAUGUCUGAGAAUACUGCUACAGCGAUUUGUGUGCUAAUAGUUUUGUAAUACUGAGACAGUGAUUUGGAGAAGGUGCUGUCUCUGUGAGCCGGGAGAUUACCGUACAGCUGAUCCUCUUAAUGCUGCCAAAGGAUCUGAUUCUUCCUCUGGAGGAGGCUUCAUCAUCUUUCACCCCCACACAGGUUCAUGUCUUUGAGGACAAAACUAAAUGUUUCAAACACAUCUUGCAGCCGUGAUGUGUUUAACACACAGUCUGUGGGGUCGAUAAAUCCACUUUCCAUAUCAGAGCGAAGCGGUGCAUUCAGGGACCAAAGCUGCUCCAUCAGCUCAAUUGGCAGCAGGCCAGUCCAAAGGUCCACUCGGGUCAGGCCGGACCAAACUGGGGCGCCUGAGGGCAGAACAACCUAUCAUCUCACUCACAGUGGAGGACUAAGCACAUUUACUCAAGUACUAUGCUUGACCUCAUUUGUAUGCCACUAUCUACUGCUCUGCUUCUCAGAGAGAAGCUUUGUACUCGUCCCAGUGAACCAAGCUAACACAUCAAAGCCUCAACAUGAUAUUAAUGAAGAUGUGAGCACCCGCACACUUCCUCAGAUUUAGUGAAAGAGACCAAAAAAGGACUCAAUGAAAUUGUGCUUUUUGAAUGCGAAUUAGAGAUGGCAUCUAGUGGCCAUUGUUGGAAUUGCACUUUUAUUCAUUCCUGCACUGGUUUCAGUAGCACUACCUACAGAUGAAACAACUUUUUACCCACUGAUCACUUUCUUCUGAAUCUACUGAAAGGUUCAGCAGGUUUAUGUAGAUGAAUGUCCUGCUGUCUUCAGUUAAACGUAGUGAACAGGCGCACAUUUCCACCAUUUUGGAGUGGAAUUAUUAUACCUGAGGAUGUGUCAUUAAUGAAGGGUGGAGGACAGUUCAACAGAGGAAUCUCAAAUAUACAACAUAUCCAAUGAUUUUAUCACCGUUAUUAAAACCGUAUAUCAAAAACAAGUUUUCUGGUCAUUUCAGGAGAAAAAACCUUUGGGGUAGAGUAGAGUUUAAACAGGAAGACAUCUGCUGCAUAGACUGUACAGUGUUGUAAGGUAUGAGAGGUCCUGUGUCCCGGACAAGCCCCCAAACAUGUUAUAACCUCAAAUUCAAAGGCACACAGAAAACCUAAUAUGAGUUGUCACCAUGCUGCUGCUGUUAUAUUAAUUAAAAUAAAGUUACUUUCAAAGGAAAAACAGAUAAACAAAAGACAAAGAAGGCUGUGAACCAACCAUCUGCUUCCUAUCUAACCAAAAACAAGACUGUGGGUAACUCCCAGCUCAACUCAUAAUACAGAGAACUACAAAAGCAACAAAACGUAACGCCAGUGAGGGAGGAUGACUAAGACGCUAACUGCCAACCUUCAUGCUCCGCCUUCCCUGGCUUCAUAUCUGUGUGGUGGUUCAUCUGCAGCUAGUCAGCACUAAUAAUAAAUCAAAGAGAAGAGAGCAGGUUAAUGAGAAGGAUUAGGUACAAUAACAGGAUGAUGGACGUGUCAGCACACUGAGUAACGUUAGCGUAAAUUAAGAGUAUCCAUCCACAGGAUACACACCAACAGCAGGCGUUUAGAUGAAGUUUGCAUUCACCUACGUGUGAAAAAUAAAUCAGACAUAAGCAAAAUUUGGGAAAAGGGGAAAAACCAGAGGUGGCUGCAUGCACAGUCUACAAGAUAUCGAUCAUAACCUUUUUAUCGAUUUUUGCAAAACACGGUCGGCAUAAUGAUCAGCUCAGCUGCACGAAUCAGGAGGGGUUUUUUAUAAACCACUUUUUCCACUGCACCCUCUAGUGGACUCUCACAGCAAUACAUAUGCUAUAAGUUUAAAGGCCAAGCACACUACCGGCCUAGUUUUGUGCGACAGGUCGCUCGAUUGAAUGUUUUAAAUGUUUUUAUUUUUACAAGGUGACAUGUGUGACCACGUCAGGAGGGUCUGAGGAUGUCUGGCUAAGCUAACAGGUCCUACUGUGCAACAGAUUUUUAUGGUGAAAAUGUGUCCUGUAAAAUCUUCAGUCCUAACCACUCAUGUAUUGUGCUGCCUUAUCAAUUAAGCUUUUAAGCAAACUGUGUGCUUUUCAUUUAGCCCCAUUAAAGAAUGUAUAAAAAACCCAAACACUGUGUUUUCA